AUGAAAGUUCAACAUCAAAAUUUGAAUGAAGAGAUCCAGUCCUAUAUGUCUAAAAAUUACAAAUAAAAUCUGAGUAGUUUAUUCUUCACUUAAAUCCGCAAAAUCAUAUAAUCGAAGGAGAGAAUUAUUACUUUGGAGGAAGUAGAAAACACUCUUAGUGAUUCUAAUUACCUACCCAAUGAACUAAUUGGUUAAUAUGAUGGAGGAUUGGAGAACAAUGAACCCAUUUUGAAGACCUUGUAGAAAAUGUUUUUGCAGAAUUUUAUAUGGAUUGGAUUGCUAAAAUUAUUCUCGGUUAUUUUUUUAUUCACUACUCCAAUUUUAAUCAAUUACUUGACUACUGCGGUAGAUUAAUCAAAUAACGACUUUGUAGUCUACUCAGGUGCAGUCUUGUGUUCAACCUUAGUGUCUACCCUCACUGAUACAUAAUACAAUUAUUAAAUCAAGAUUUUAGAGUUCAGAUGUAAAUCAUUCUUGAUCUAAACAUUGUAUAAUUCCAUUGAAGCCUAAUCUAAUUUAGAUCUCAUGAACCUAAUCAAUAUUGAUGUCAAUACAAUCAUGAAUUAUUUUAUAAGUUUUCAUGAAUUUUGGUCUUUAAUUCUAAAAUUGAUGAUAGGCAUGACAAUUUUAUAUUUGCAAAUACAAGAGGCAGUUUUUGUAGGAUUUACUAUAGCCAUCAUUUUAAUGCUUAUCAAUUUUGCAAUUGCAAACAAAAUAGGCCAAUAUUAUUCAUCAGGUCUGAUCUACAAAGAUUAAAGAAUGAAAGCUUUAAAAGAGUUUAUUACUAAUCCUAAAUCUAUCAAAUUUCUGAAAUGGGAGAACAAAUGGGAAUCCAAAAUUAUGAAUCUCAGAGAUAAAGAAUUCGCAGUUAUUGCAGGUUCAAAAUGGCUGGAUUCUCUCUGUGUCAUCUUUUGGUCAAUUACUAAUACUUCUGAUAUCUUCAAUUACUGUAUACAUAUAUUUCACCAAAACAACGAUCUAGAUAAUGUAUUUACCAUCAUUUAUGUAUUUUCAUUAUUAACAAAUCCUUUAAACGCAUUACCUUGGACUUUGGCUGGGAUGCUAUAAGCAAAGACUUCGUUUAAAAGAAUUAAUUCAUUUGUGAUAACUCGAAAAGUUAAAAAUUAGUUUGAAGAAGGCAUUCAAAUUAACUUAGCAGAGCUAAAAUGGGAUUUUGAUGCCGCAUUCACCUUGAAAAUUCCUCACUUCAAGAUAGAUAAUAUAGUAUUCAUUGGAGGAAAAGUGGGAUCAGGAAAAUCUUCAUUUCUACUCUCGCUUUUGAAUUAAAUGAAGCCGUAUUCUGGAUUUUUUUAAGUAAAUUAAGAAUUUUCAUAUGUUUCGCAAUAAUGUUGGCUUUUUAAAGGGACAAUUAGGGAUAACAUUUUAAUGUAAUCAAAUUAUGACGCUGAGUUAUACCAAUAGUGCUUGAUUUUGAGUAAUUUAAUUGAUGAUAUUAAACAAUAUCCAGAGAAGGACUUAUUUGAUGUUGGCCCUGAUGGAUCUAAACUAUCAGGAGGAUAAAAAUAGAGAUUGUGUAUCUGUAGAGCUUUGUACAAUUAUAGUAAUAUAUAUCUAAUGGAUGAUAUCUUUAGUAGUUUAGAUCCACUAGUAGGAGAUAGCAUUUUUUAUAAUUUAUUGAAGUUAAAGAAACCGAUAAUAUUUGCAUUAAAUGAUAAUCAUUUGCAGAGAUACAAAAAAUAUGCAGAUUAAAUUAUAAUUAUUCAGGAGGGUUAGGUCAUUUAUGAUUAACAGAAAAUUGAUAUGUAUUUCCAAGAUUUGCAGGAUAUAACCUUUGAUUUGAAAGAGUAGAGUGGCAAUAUUGUCUAAUAAGAAACAGUGUAGCAGGAAAGAGAAAAUAAUGAAAAACCUGAAAUCAAGAAGGCUUAAAACUCAAUCUCCUGCUAUUUACAAGCACUAGGGUUAAACAACUUUUUAUGGAUAUUGAUUUCAUUAGCUUUAAUGUAAAUGUCUUUUAAUGUCUAUGAUUUAUGGCUAAACUCCUAUAUUAAUUAGAAUCCAAUAUUUAUCUUUAGUAAUUCUUUUGAAUUGACCUUAUUUGUAUUAUUAGUUUUAGAUAUAAUCAUCAAAUUAUCAAGAGCUGUGUCGUUUGCUUAUGGUAAUUUAGUUUAAGCCAAAUCUAUAUUCAGUAAUUUAUUGAGCCAUGUGAUGCAUGCAACUUGUUCUUUUUUUGAUGCUGAGGAUAGUGGACAGAUAUUAAUACGAUUCUCAGAUGAUCAAAAUGUUAUAGAUAACAGAUUUCCAUUUGAGUUGAAUAUAUUAUGCAAUAACGUUUUUAAUUGUAUCGGAACCUUAAUUGUGUUGGUUGUUCUUUAGUAUCAAUUGAUGCUACCUGUAAUAGUGUCAGCACUACUAUUUUAUAGAUUAUAAUAACUAUACAGACCAACCAGUCUGUCAUUACGUAGAUUGGAUGCAGAGACUAAUUCAAAUUUGGCAACCAUCAUUUUUGAGUAAUUCAAAGGAAUUUUAACUAUAAAUGCCUUCAAUAAACGGGAAGAAUUUAGAAGUAUAUUUCUAAAUAAACUAACACAAGCCACUUAAGUUUAAUGGUGUAGUAGAGUAAUUGCAUUGUGGUUAUAGAUAAGAUUGCAACUAAUUGCAGGAUUCAUCGUAUUUUUUAUUCUAUUGUUCACUGCUUUAAGUUUAUACUAUGAGUUGUCUAUCAGUAAGUCAACCUUAUAAUUGUUAUUAUAUUACUCUUUGACUAAGAUAAGUAUAUUUAAGGAUUUAACAUUAUCGUUAACUACUUGUGAACAAGAACUGGUAUCAUAUGAAAGAGUAAACAAAUAUUGUAAUAAUUCAAUGGAACAAAAUAAAUACUUGAAUUAUUCCAAAGAGAUAAAGUUUAAGGAUGUUCAAUUAUAGUACCUUAAUGGGUAGUUAGCAUUAAAAGGAAUAAACUUAGAGAUUGAAUAAGGAAAGAGGAUAGCAUUUUGUGGGAGGACAGGAAGUGGCAAAUCUUCAAUUUUGGCAGUUUUAUUUCAAUUAUAUGAGCAAACUUAUGGAGAAAUGUCGGUGCCAUCAUAAUAGCUUUUUUAAUGGAGAAAUAAAGUGGGUGUUAUUCCUUAAUCAGGAUUUGUAUUUGAUGGAACUUUGAGUGAGAAUUUGGAUUGCUCUGAUUAGGAUCUUAUUUCAAAAUACAUUCCAAUGGAUAGUGAGACAUAGAUAGAGUCAAAUUAAAUUUCUUAGGGGAUGAGACAGUUGAUUUCAUUUUCAAGAGUUGUGUUAUAAAAUCCAGAUAUCAUUUGUUUAGAUGAAGCGACUGCAAGCGUAGAUUAAUCUGUGGAAGAUUUCAUUUAAUAAUAUUUGAGAGAGUGUGGAAAGACAAUAAUAACAAUCUCACAUAGAUUGGAAGCAUUAAAGGAUUAUGAUCGAAUUUACUAUAUGGAAAAUGGAACCAUAGUAGAAUAGGGUACAUUUUAAGAGUUGGUCGAAUUAGGAAGGGGAUUUGUCAAUUUGAGAAAUUGUUGA